UCCCCGCUCGCUUCCGGUUCAGGCUGGACUAGGCGGAACGGCCCCGGGCCAAUCACCGGGGUCAAGCUCCAGAUUGGCCAAUAGGGGCGCGCGUCUCCUACCUGGGCAGAACGUUUCUUAAUCCCGCUCCCCUCCGCCCCCUAGUUUUGCCGCGAAAACCGGCUGGUCCGCGCGUGUCCGCUGCUGGGGCGCUACGAGGGCGGCGGAGCAGUCUUCGCCAUGUCCGGUUUUGAUGAUCCCGGCAUUUACUACAGCGACAGCUUUGGGGGCGACCCGGUGGCAGAUGAGGGCCAGGUCCGGAAAUCCCAGCUGCAGAGGCGGUUCAAGGAGUUCCUGAGGCAGUACCGGGUGGGCACGGACCGGUCUGGCUUCACCUUCAAAUACAGGGAUGAGCUCAAACGGCAUUAUAACCUGGGCCAGUACUGGAUCGAGGUGGAGAUGGAGGACCUGGCCAGCUUUGAUGAGGACUUGGCAGACUAUCUGUACAAGCAGCCUGCAGAGCACCUGCAACUGCUGGAGGAAGCAGCGAAGGAAGUAGCAGAUGAGGUCACCCGUCCUCGCCCAGCAGGGGAGGAGACACUUCAAGACAUCCAGGUCAUGCUGAGAUCGGAUGCCAAUGCAGCCAAUAUCCGCAGUCUGAAGUCUGACCAGAUGUCCCAUCUGGUGAAGAUCCCCGGGAUCAUAAUUGCUGCAACUGCUGUGAGAGCUAAAGCCACCAAGAUCGCCAUCCAGUGCCGCACCUGCCGUAACACCAUCAGCAACAUUACCGUGCGCCCUGGCCUGGAGGGUUACGCCCUGCCCAGGAAGUGUAAUACGGAACAGGCUGGCCGCCCAAAGUGCCCCCUGGAUCCAUACUUCAUCAUGCCGGACAAGUGCAAGUGUGUUGACUUCCAGACCCUGAAGCUCCAGGAGUCUCCAGAUGCUGUACCACAUGGGGAGAUGCCCCGGCACAUGCAGCUAUAUUGCGACAGGUAUCUGUGUGACAAAGUCGUUCCGGGAAACAGAGUUACCAUCAUGGGCAUCUAUUCCAUCAAGAAAUCUGGUCAGACCAAGAGCAAAGGCCGGGACAACGUGGGAGUGGGGAUCCGAAGCUCUUACAUCCGUGUGGUGGGGAUCCAGGUGGACACCGAUGGCUCGGGCCGCAGUUUUGCUAGCUCCAAUGUGACUCCACAGGAAGAGGAAGAAUUUCGCCGUCUCACUUCCAUGCCCAAUGUCUAUGAGACUAUCGCCAAGAGCGUUGCGCCCUCUAUCUACGGCAGCACUGACAUCAAGAAAGCCAUCUCCUGCCUGCUGUUCGGAGGCUCCCGCAAGAGACUUCCGGAUGGGUUAACCCGCAGAGGGGACAUUAACCUGCUGAUGCUGGGAGACCCUGGCACAGCCAAGUCCCAGCUCCUGAAAUUUGUAGAGAAGUGUUCACCCAUUGGGGUGUACACCUCGGGGAAAGGCAGCAGUGCAGCUGGCUUGACAGCCUCAGUGAUCCGAGACCCCUCUACACGGAGCUUCUUCAUGGAGGGAGGAGCCAUGGUCCUGGCGGAUGGGGGAGUGGUCUGCAUUGAUGAAUUUGACAAGAUGCGGGAGGACGACCGAGUGGCCAUCCACGAGGCUAUGGAACAGCAGACCAUCUCCAUUGCCAAGGCUGGUAUCACAACCACUCUGAACUCCCGCUGCUCAGUCCUGGCUGCUGCCAACUCUGUCUUCGGGCGCUGGGAUGAAACCAAAGGCGAGGAGAACAUAGACUUCAUGCCGACAAUCCUGUCCCGCUUCGACAUGAUCUUCAUCGUUAAAGAUGAGCACAAUGAGGAGCGAGACGUGACUCUGGCCAAACACGUGAUGUCGUUACAUGUGAGUGCCCUGACGCAGACCCAGGCAGUGGAGGGUGAGAUUGAGCUGAACAAACUGAAGAAGCUGAUCUCCUACUGUCGAACGAAGUGCGGCCCGCGCCUUUCGGCAGAGGCUGCAGAGAAGCUGAAGAACCGCUAUGUCCUGAUGCGCAGCGGGGCCCGCCAGCAUGAGCGGGAGAGUGACCGCCGGUCCAGUAUCCCCAUCACCGUCCGGCAGCUGGAGGCCAUUGUGCGGAUUGCAGAGUCCCUCAGCAAGAUGAAGCUUCAGCCUUUUGCCACUGAGGGAGAUGUUGAAGAGGCCUUGCGGCUUUUCCAGGUGUCCACGCUCGAUGCAGCCAUGUCAGGCAGCUUGUCAGGAGUGGAGGGCUUCACAACACAGGAGGACCAGGAGAUGCUGUCUCGCAUUGAAAAACAGCUCAAGCGCCGCUUUGCCAUUGGCUCCCAAGUGUCAGAGCACAGCAUCAUCCAGGACUUCACGAAACAGAAAUACCCCGAGCACGCCAUCUACAAGGUGCUGCAGCUCAUGAUGCGGCGUGGUGAGAUCCAACACCGCAUGCAGCGCAAAGUCCUCUACCGCAUCAAGUAAUCUCGCUUCCUCACCCUCUUGCCAGUGGCCAAAACCAUCUCGGGAACCGGGGCCAGCUGCUGUGGAUGAGGAUGCUCCUGAGUUUCAGCAAGAUCUUAAUGAAGAAGGCCCUGUAGUGCUGGCCUCUCCUGUGCUUGGAAGAAGCGUCUAGUUAGGCACCUAAAUGGGAGGGCACCUCCGGUUUUAACCAGAUUGAUGGCAGGAAAGGCUGCUAGUCUUGUAUUGCAGCUGCUCUGGGGAACAUCAUGAUGACAUUUUAAUAAAACAUUACAAAGCUUUUAGUUGCAAUAAAACUUCCAAUAAAAGAUAACGUUGGUACCAA